AACCAUUCAUCUUUUCAUAAAUCAGGAGAAGAAAACCUUUGAAAGAAAAUUAGCAUGUCUCUUACACCUUCCUCUCUUCAGCUUUCGGCUAAACAUGCACCACCUCACAUCACGCGACCUUGUGCAAAUUUUUCUCCUAGCUUUUGGGGCGAUACUUUCCUUCAGUAUCAUUCAGCAGAAAUCGAUGACAAUAUGAAGCAACAAUUUCAAACGCGAAAGGAAGAAGUGAAGAAGAUGUUUCUAUCUUCAAACAAUAGUAUCUUACAAAAACUAAAUUUCAUUGAUUCAUUGCAACGUUUGGGUAUAUCUUAUCAUUUUCAACAUGAAAUUGAUGAAGCAUUAGAACAAAUCUACAACUCAUCUACAAAUGAUAAUGUCAUAAUAGAGGAAGGUUGUCUUCACUAUAUGGCGUUACUAUUUCGUUUGCUCAGGCAAAGAGGGUAUCAUAUUUCGUCAGAUAUAUUCAACAAAUUCAAGAACAACAAAGGAGACUUUGAUCAAAACAUUGCCAAAGAUGUACAAGGAUUGUGGAGUUUGUUUGAAGCUUCACAGCUAAGGAUUCACGGGGAAGAUAUAUUAGAUGAAGCACUUGAUUUCACACACAUUCAUCUCAAAUCCUUGAUUGAUCAAAUGAGUGCAUCCUUUGCUGCACAAAUAAGUCAUUGCUUAAGGAAACCACUUCACAAGGGAGUUCCUAGGUUGGAGGCCAAACGUUACAUUUCCUUCUAUGAACAAAAUCCUUCCCACUGCCAAGUUCUUCUUUUAUUUUCCAAAGUAGAUUUCAAUAUGCUGCAGAAAUUGCACAAAAUAGAAGUUGGAAGUAUCACCAAAUGGUGGAAAGACUCAGAAUUUGCGACAAAGGUCCCUUACGCAAGAGAAAGGGCAGUAGAGUGCUAUUUAUGGCCAAUUGCCAUGUCUUAUGAAACUGAAUAUAGUAUUCCAAGAAAGAUAACUAGCAAAUUGAUUGUGUGUAUCUCUCUUCUAGAUGAUACUUAUGAUGCCUACGGCACAAUACAAGAACUUGAACUCCUCACACAAGCAAUUCAGAGAUGGGAUAAUAGUUCCAUUCAAUCUCUUCCAGAUAGCAUGAAAGUAGUGUUUAAUGCAAUUGUAGAAGUGUGUGAUGAAGUAAGGUUGAGUACCUUAGAGAGUGAAAAAUCAAGCAUAAUAGUGCAAUGUGUUAAAGAAGCUUUUUAUAACUUGGCACGAGCGUACUUGACUGAAGCAAAAUGGAGUGAAGAGAUAUGUGUUCCAACAUAUGAAGAAUAUAAGGAUAAUGGAGUUAUAUCUUCUACAUACCCUCUUAUGAUAACGUCAUUUCUUCUUCUAACAAAAUUUUCAACUCAAAUUGAUUGGAUUUUGAGUAAUCCAGCAAUCAUCGAAGCUGUUUCACUUAUUGGCAGACUUGGGAAUGACAUAUGCUCGCAUAAGUUUGAACAACAAAGAAUGAACGUGGUUUCAGCAGUUGAAUGUUGCAUGAAACAAUAUGAGAUUUCACAGGAAGAUGCUUACAAAUUGAUUGAAAAAGAGAUUGAAGAUUUGUGGAAGGUUAUAAAUGAAGAGUAUUUGAAGUUAGACCAUGUUCCUACAGCCAUGCUUGAUUGUAUUCUUAAUGGAGCUCGCAUAACUGAACUUGCCUAUGAAAACUUCGAAGAUAAAUACACAGACGUAAAACUAUGGAAGGAUGACAUUUUUGCAUUACUUGUGAAUCCCAUAAGCAUGGAGGAACCCAAGUAAUAGAAGUAAUAUCCAUUAUAAAUAACUAUUUACAUAUUUAUUUUGCACCGGUUCAAUGCAUUCCAGUAUGCUAUGUAAUAUUCAUUUUCAUUGUUCUAUAUAAAGUCUAUCUAUCAGUUCUAGUCUCAAA